CUCUCUCUCUCUCUGUGGAGAGGAAGAAGAAGAAGAAGAAGAAGAAAGGAUAAGACUCGUUCAAACAACAUGUUUACACGUCUCGUUCCCCUCUUCUGAUGGAUCCUCAACCCGCGGCUCCAAAGCUCCACCUCGUCUCUCUCCCCAGGAGGGAACUCGCCUAUACCCUCUCGUUCCUCUUCCUGUUGAUCUCGUCCGUGCUCGUCUUCAAUCUGUCGAGCCCCUCCUUAGGGCUCGGCUCGUUCGCGCGUCCCGGUUUCCUGUCGCGCAUCCUGCCGAAACCCUCCGCGGGAAGGUGCGAUUACUCGAGGGGAAGGUGGGUGAGAGACGAGGAUCGCCCGCUUCGGUUCUACGACGAGAGCUGCCCGUUCCUCGACCCGGGGUUCCGGUGCAGCGGCAAUGGACGAAAGGACGGCGGCUAUCUUAAGUGGAGAUGGCAACCUUAUGGCUGCGAGCUCCCAAGAUUCAAUGCAAGCAAGCUCUUAGAAUGGACACGAGACGGAAGAAUCGUGUUCGCCGGAGAUUCAAUCGGAAGAAACCAGUGGGAGUCGCUGGUGUGCAUGCUUUCGCAAGCGGCAUCCAAAUCUUCCAUAUACGAAGCAAAUGGGAACCCCAUAACCAAGCACAAGGGUUACCUCUCAAUCCGAUUCCAGGAAUACAACCUGACCGUUGAGUAUUACCGAGCUCCAUUCCUGGUAAUGGUCGGGCGCCCGCCGCCGAAUUCUCCUAGCUCCGUGAAGACCACGGUCAGGAUCGACGAGUUGCAUUGGUACUCGAAGAAUUGGGAGGGCGCGGAUGUCCUCGUUUUCAAUGCCGGGCAUUGGUGGAACGCAGACAAGACUGUUAAAAUGAACAGCUUCUUUCAGGAGAAGGGAAGCGUGAACCUGACAAUGGAUGUCAUGGAAGCCUUUAGGAAGUCACUACAGACAUGGAAAACGUGGGCAUUGAACUGCUUGGAUCUCCAAAGAAGUCACGUUUUCUUCCGCGGCUAUUCUCCUGUUCACUACAGGAAUGGGACAUGGAGCGAAGGUGGUACGUGCAACAACAACAAAGAGCCGGAAACUGACUAUACAAAACUGGAAGCCGAACCACUGAAUAAUUUGUACAUUUCAAACACGGUUGGCGAGAUGAAAGGCAGAAAUAGGAAGGUUCAGUAUCUAGACAUCACAUUUCUGUCAGAGUUCAGAAUAGAUGGCCAUCCGUCGGAACAUCGUGAGCCAGGCACCCCUGCUGAUGCUCCCCAAGAUUGCAGCCAUUGGUGUUUACCAGGAGUGCCCGACACUUGGAAUGAACUUCUCUAUGCUCACCUUUUGUCCGUAAGAUUCGAAGAAAGGUGAUUUAUGAAAGAAUUGAAGAAUUGCCCGAGUCGAUCAUUGUCGCAGAAGCUAUAAUGAUUUCAACAACUGUACAAGAAGACAAGAUUCAAUUCAAGCCAUUUCUUCCACAUUUUCUUGGGUAUUCACAUCGGUGGUCUCCAUUUCCUUCAGUUUUUCAAGCUGUCUCAAGAGAUCCAACCUCUCUGGUCCAUAUGUGGAGGGUAUCUGUAAAAAAGAUGACACGUGUGACACAAAUUAAUUAGAGAUUUGCAUGCGAGUAAGAAGUUGCAACAGAUGAGUGCUUGGAUAAGAAAUGUCACAAACCAGUGAUGGUACAUAUCUCUGGAUGGCAGCCAACAUGGCUGCAUGACCAAUGGCAGUGACCUGCAGAACAUCAGCCGACAAGCGUUAUUCAGAAUAAAUGAUGAGCGCAAUAGAAUUUUAGAAUAUGAUAACAUUCUCAAUUACACGAGAUUAUCAGAAGAAGAAAUGAGAGCCUGAAUUAAACCAACAAAUUGUGGUAACAGCAUAUAGGAAACCAUUUGGAAAGAAUUUCAGCCAAUGGAGAUCUGAUUUCAUG